UCCCGGCCUCAAGCACGCCGGGGAGCGGGACGUGCGGCUCUUGCGGGUGACCCGCACACCCGGACACUUCCCCGGCCCCGCGGAACGAGACGGGCCGCGCCUGUUCCCGCCCGGACUUGCACCGCGCAGGGCCGCGCCGAGCGCUUCCCGGGACACCGGAAGGCGCGGCAGCCGGCGGGCACCGCCGCGGUUGGGCCUGGCGGCGGGCACAGCGCGGCUGCCCCGCCCCGGCCCCCUGGCACCCGCGUCCCUCCCGGACACGCAGCUUUCCUCGCCCCUUCCCGCGGCUCUCGGUGCGCGGAGCCGCCCGCCUGCCCCGGGGCAGCAGGACCGGGAACCGGAGGGUCAAGCCCGCCGCCUGCUUGCCGUUCCAGGGCCUCAAAGCAAACAUGUUUCCUUUUCUACAACGAUGCUGUUUCCACACAUCUUUCAAAGUCCAGAAGUUAACAGGUACCAGACUACUACUGUACGGAAGGAAUAAGACAACUUGGUGUUCUCUCAGCUUUCGUCUGCAGACAGAUGUGUGUCUUUUCUCAAGAUCUCCAAGCCUCAGCCCAGCAUCAGUAUAUGCAACCAAGCUCCAGGCUUUUCACACCUCUCCCCCUUCCUUCAAGAAGAAAACCCCCAAGGAAUCUGAGACUAAAAAGCCAGGCGUAUUGGAACGAAGCGUGGAAUCACUAAAGGAGUCUCCGAAGCCAGCCCUUUAUUUAAGCCUCGCAGGGCUAAUUCCGUUUGUUUCUGUGCCACUGGCAAUGGCCAUUCAAGGGACCUACUACCCAGAGGUGGCGUUUGCUCAGGUUUUGUAUGGUGCUGUGACAGUCUCUUUCCUCGGAGGAAUGAGGUGGGGGUUUGCUCUCCCGGAGAACAGCCCAGCCAAGCCAGACUGGCUGAGCCUGGCUAACAGUACAGUUCCUCCUCUACUUGCCUGGCAAGCUUUACUUUUUAAAGACGUCACUCACAGUGCGGUGAUGCUAGUGCUGGCCUUAGGGAUAGCGCUACAUUAUGACGUUGCCCUUCUUCCUCCUUAUCCUAGGUGGUUUAAAGUACUGAGGGUGGUGGGAACGGUGGUGAUGGCGUUAUCACUAUUAGCUACUGCAGCAUUGAAGGCCGUUUCAGAAGAGCAGCUAAGUGACAGCAGAGAUAAAUGGCAGAACACAAAACAAUAAAUCAACAGCAAAAAAGCUGUUUAUAUGCCAAUAAGGUAUUUGUACUGAGUUCCAGGGGAAGUAAAGACUUACUUAUGCUUGUAAGUCAUAAGAUAGCAGUGAUCAAGAUGCUUAUUCUCAAAGCAAACUAUUUAGUUAGGAUUGUAAAUAGCAGUGACUGUCAAAGCAGGCACAAGUCUGUCCUUAUCAGUAGAAUAAAGCAUCACUCUUGAAUGAGA